UAUCCAGCGACAGCUCGAGCUAAUUUCCUGCAUUGUUGAAGCACUGCUUGAUAGCGUUCCAGUAUUGUACAUAAAUUACACUUGAGCUUUCAGACUGGUCCAAGGUGCUGUGCAGAUUGUCUUGAACUCAACAUGUAACGUUACUGCUACUACUACUCCUGCUCCACAAAGAUUCUAGAUUUUUCCUAAUUAAAGCAUUAGAAGAGAAUGGACAAAUGUGGAUUGGGACUAAGAUUAGGAUACGGAUUCUAGAUUUCUGAGGGUAUAUUUAAAGCAUUAGAAGAGGAUGGAUUGGGAUUUAGGAUACGGCUCACCUCCACCUUUGUUCUUGGAAUGGAUCAAUGAGUUUGAAGCCUGCAGGUGCCUUCGGUUUAUUUUAGCAGGGCCUAUCCAAUACCAACAAUGACUGAUGGAAGGAUCUACGUGGGAAAUCUUCCAAUGGAUGUCCAGGAGAGGGACAUAGAGGAUCUCUUCUUCAAAUAUGGAAAAAUUCGGGAUAUCGAACUAAAGAAUAACAGGGGAACCAUCCCUUUUGCUUUUGUUCGCUUCGAAGAUCCACGGGAUGCAGAAGAUGCUGUCUAUGGAAGGAAUGGAUAUGGAUUCGGUGACUCCAAGCUUCGUGUAGAAUACCCUCGCUCCUCUGGUGCCAAAUUUAGUGGCCCUAUGGGAGGCGGAGAAAGAGGCGAAGGAGGGGGUCCUAAGGGGAGGUUUGGGCCUCCAACUCGGAGAUCUGAGUUCCGGGUGAUAGUGACUGGCUUGCCCCCAUCAGGGAGCUGGCAGGAUCUUAAAGACCACAUGCGUGAGGCAGGGGAUGUGUGUUUUGCCGACGUGCAGCGGGAUGGUGAAGGGGUGGUGGAGUUUGUCCGUCGGGAGGACAUGGAGUAUGCCCUGCGCAGACUGGACAGGACUGAGUUCCGCUCCCAUCAGGGGGAGAUGGCAAACAUUCGUGUCCACGGAGAACAUGGUGCCAGUUAUGGUCGCUCGCCGUCCCGCUCCAGAUCCCCCCGGGGGCGUGGCUACUCACCACCUCCUUACAAAAGCAGAGGGUCCCCUCCACAGCGCUACCAGUCACCUCCACGGCGCCAUGUGUCCCGCCAUAGCCCCCCAGCGAGGCGACACCCAGUAACACACCACAGCCCACCCCCACGCCACUAUCGGUAGACCAGCCAGCCAUUCACAAGAGGGCACUGAUGAUUAGGGGUAGUUUAAUUAUGUUUUGUUUAUACCAGUUCUCCUCCCUGACACACACAAAUAAUUGUCCCCCUUUUGCUUGCUAUGUGCAUUCCAUGGUCAGUCAGCCCUGCCUUCUUGUUGGCCUUAAUAUGGUUGAUUUCUUUUCCUGUUGAUUGAUGUAAACUUCAGUUCCCUGUGUCAGCGCACUGUAUUGAGCUGAUGUCUGGUGAGACCAUUUGUUAACUUGUCAAUUUACUGGUCUUGCUGCUCUAGGUCAUGUAUGAACAUGAUCCAUUUGUGAUGAACACUGCCCUGAGUGUGACUCUCAACAAAAACUAAAUGUGAACAUCUGCCUGCAAUGUCUAUUUUUAAAUGAAUUGUAAGUGUGGACCUCCAAGUGUCUGAAUACCUUUUGGAAACUGUUUGAUUGUAAUCUGCUGGUAAACCCGAAAUCCUUCAAUUUGUUUUAUUUUAAAUAAAUGUCAAACUUUUUAAUCAGUU